AUGAGCGGAACAGCCAAUAGCAAGCCGAAACGCGGAUAUCAUCCACAUCACUUGUACAAGUUGCCAAUGACGGCUGACGCGGUCACCAGCGAGGAUUUAUCCGGAGAAGAGGCGGAGACGACACAACCGCCGGCCGACCAGGCGGAACCCGUUAACGCGCUAACCGCCUACACCCGCGGAUACGUCGUCAACAAGUGCGCAUUGCUCUACGACAGAUUGCAAAAAAAUCCGGUUUGCAAGAUAUUGUUCUUCGUUCGAUCAGUACAUAUGAUAAUGGCGUUGGCUAUUAUUCUGGUCGCCGUGACGAUGUUACCCGGCGAUCUACAGAAGUCGGCGAAGAUAGGCGAAAAAGUUAAAUCUAGAAGAUUGGUGAGAAUUGCUCAUUUGGCAGCGUUCUGCACGCAUUUCGGUGCACAUAUCUGGAUGACAUUCGUUUCCGGAGUGUGCUUGUACUACAAGUUGUCUAGACAUGCUUUUGGCGACGUUCAAAAAAUCUUGUUUCCCAAAUAUUAUUCAAUAAGCAGUUUACUAAACGCAUUUAAGCUUAUCCAGUUCAGUAAGAUGUGCGUCAAUGAGUGGGAUAUACAUACGUAUUUACAGCUAUGUGCGUUGAGUAUAUGUUUACUGGUGGAACUUAGCAUUCGGCUGUAUGUGGUGCCGCCAAUGUUACAACUUAUAUCUGUUAAGAUGGCCAUAGAGAAGUCGGCGGGCAUCGGCAAAGAAGUGGGCCGCCAAGACCUGGGUCCGUUAAUUAACUGCCCUCAUUACAUGGCUGUCCAUAAGACUUUCCGGAAGGUGCACAUGAUUAUGGCAGUAUGUAACAUUAUCACCAUGAUGUGUAAUAUUUUUCAUUUAGUGUAUAUCACAGCCUAA